AUGCAAAUCUCGCCUGGCUUAUACGGCACUAGAGGGGGAGGUCUGGCCAUCGUGUCUCCUUCGUGCCGGUUCUGUCGUACGUCCGCUACUCGGACAUACCGAGCCUGCCUAUGCCAGCGUCCUGAAAUCUACCUAUUUUUCCACUGCCCGCGCUUUCCAUUAGCCUCUUCACAACUCCAAGUCAACUGUCUACCUCAGCUAAAUGGACAACCAAUUGAUCUGCUCAAUCUUUAUAACCAAGUCGCACUGAGAGGAGGUUAUAAGCGGGUUACAUUGGGUCAUCAAUGGCCUGAGGUUGCUGCUUCUCUUAAUCUUCCUUUAGCAUGCGUAAACUCUGGCUAUGGAAUUCGUAUAAUUUAUCAACGGCAUUUGGAGCAAUAUGAGCGGAUGCAGAGGAUAUCUGAAGGGACUUACUCUAGCUACGGAGAUGGCUCUAAUGAUGCAUCUCUCUUUGAAAUGGAGAGCCUAGAUCCUCUUAUUCAGAAUCGAACCCCUACCAAAGUUCCGGCUGCUUCUUUAACUAAGGCAUCCUGUGUACUUCAUCCGAAGGAGCUUCAUGAACCAAAUGCAAAGACCAAUCCAGCUCGGACAUGUUAUUCUGGUUUGGAAUUUGCGCUUGCAUCUGGGCUGCCUAAUGAGAUUGACUUCUCUCUGAAUACAAUACUGCUAAUGUCAUUUAAUCCCAAAGGGAUUAUGUUGUGCAAAAAUCCUCGAAUUAUUGAUUUACUACUUUCCUCUGUUGGCAUCUGCGGAUUG